AUGGGGAAGUAUUUUGCACUUCUUCUUCUUCUUCUUGCGGUGACAAGUGGUGGGGGCGCCCUAAAGUGCUUCACAUGCCACAACGUUUUAUCGCCCUUUCCUGACUGCGAGAAUUCACGCAACUGGGGAAUCGACCACGAUGGCUGUUCAUCGGAGAAUGGACUGGUCGCUUUAUGCGCACAAGUGAAUGGAAUUUUGAGCGCCGACUAUCACCACGUUCACAGUGGAAUGAAGGAUGUUGAGCUGGACUGCAUGUUUUUCGACCAGGGCAAUGUCCCAGAAAACAAAUGCUACCAUGGCGAAGACGCCUUAACGUUGAUCAAGGACAACACGCCCUGGUCUAUGUUCCCAGCGUCAAUCGACGUCAAAUCCGUGACCUUCCACUUUGAAGGGAGUGUGUGUUUGUGUGACACCGACUUGUGUAACGGGGACCUCCCUAAAUAAAAACCGCCAACCGCGCCCCUUUAAAAUGAGUGUCUCUUCUGUUUCGCAUUUGUUUUGGUUACCUUUUUCUAAAAAAAAUUGCAGACAUUAAAAUGACAUACUUUUCCGUACAGCUGAUGGAGCUGUUUUUGCGAUGUCAUUUAAAGGGAAAUUACGGGCUAGAAUACGCCCUCUUGGGCUACAAAACGCCCGUUAAACAAAAUGAUUUAAAAUGGAAAGAUCAUUUUUAAGUAGGGUUAAAACGUCCAAACAACCAUCCUUUAAAAACUGGGCGUUUUGUGUGAUUCUUGCGAGAACCAUGCAAGACGAAUUUCGGAGGUUACAAUUUUGAAUUUAAACGACUUGAAUUAUGUAUGCCACAAAACGUCCGUCGCGCACGAUGUAAGUAACAACCGGUUUUGUUUUCGUCUUCUCGAGAGCGGUAAGACAUUAGAUUUGUUUCUUUUCAACCAGACCUUUCGAAUUGUAUAUUAGUAAAGAAUUAAAAACAUGUUAUUUUCGAAGAUUUCAGGCCAUAAUGUUCCUGUAAGGUACACACUCUAAAGUAAAAGUUCAAAUUGUGAACCAAAAUAAUUGCUCAAUGAAAACAAACUUGUGUAUACAGUUCGCAUAUUACUCUUAUUUACCGUACUGAGACUGCAAUAAAUCACAAAAAGGAAGAAAAAAUUACCACAGCAACAAAAAAACAAUACAAUAAAUACAUUAAAAACAUUCUAUGAUGAUGCUGAAGGACUGGUUUCUACCAUGAAUGGCGUCACAAUUUUGCUCAUGAACACGAAAAUUUGCAUCAUCUUAAAAACCGAAAAGGUGCAAAAGACACGCUUGACAAUGGACAUUUCAAGAUAGAAACCUAAGUUAAACGAAACACAAAGGAAGAGGGGCGUUUAAUGAGGCUAUAUUCCAUCAUGGUCUUUCUAAGGUUUUUUUUUAUGCCUUACACUACGGUAUUGCGUGCGUCCGUUUUUGUAACAAUUUCAUGUACAUGUAGGUUUGUAGAUAAAUGUACAUGUUCAUCGCCGUAGAUAGUGAUUUGCUUGAAGCUGCAUAUAACCACUUGCUUGAUGUUUUACUUAAAUUUAAUUAAAAGUCACAGUUAACAUCGGUUCAUGAAAAGUUCAGUGGACGCACAUGAUACUAUUUGGCUUGUUUUUACCACGUUAACCUUUUCGUUACUGUAGCACCUGAAAUCACCCCAGCACUCUAUGGUUGUAUUGAUUCUUCAGUGAAUAAACACAUUGUAAUACAAUGUAUUUCAAUGUAUUACAGACGAUAAUGGGUAAUACUGCGU